AUGGCAACGUCUCGUUUAGAGGAGCUUUUAAAUAAAAUUGAGGAACCACCCCUUCCAGAAAUCACUGAUAACUAUGAAAUUGAUCUGAGAAAUUUUAGAAUAUAUCUUGGACACUUAAAGGAAUACAAAGAAAGCAUAAUAAAAUUUGGACAAAUAUCAAAAUUUCAUGCAGAAAAGACAAGAGUUUAUAAUUCGAAAUUAGAGACUGCAGAAGCAUUAAUUAAAGCUGUAUUGAAGGAUAUCGAGAGAUUGGAAGAAAAUCAUCAUCCAAGGAAUUAUAAGAAAUUUGGAGGGUCACAAAAUAAAUUUAAAAGAGUUUCUGCUCAACAAAUAUUAGAAAAUCCAGGAAUUUUGAAUGGGGUUGAAGAAGGCAUAAUAGAAGACGAGCAUAAUUCAAUUUUUGUAUUAAGACUAUCGGAAGAAGCAUUCCCUGUUAGUGAAUGCCCUGUAUGUGAUGAGGCUGGGUUUAGCAGCAAAAGCGAGCUCAUAGAUCAUCUCAAAGAGCACUUAACAUAUACCAAUUUUAGCCACAGCUCAAAACCAUUUCAAAAUGAAAAUUUAGAAAUUUCAAAAAAAUAUAAAAUUAAUCAACUAAGAGGAGCUCCUCCUAGAAGUGCAUGAAUGGCACUUGCUUCUGAAAUACAAAAUUUAUAUCAAAAUGAAAGGCAAGAUGAAGGUCUUUUGACUUUUAAGUAUGAAAUAUCCAAUUAUUUAGAAGAUAUUUUUAAAACAAUUUAUCCAAAUAGUUCGCUAAGGAUGUAUGGGUCUAAUUUGAAUGGAUUCACUACAACUAAUAGUGACUUAGACUUAAGCCUUUCGAUAGAUCUAAAAGAAGCUUUUAAAUCCCCAAGGGAGAAAACCUUUGAUUUAAUUUCAGCAAAUUUUGAAGGACCUGUUAAAACCAAUGAUUUAUGUGAAUUAAUUAUUUUGUCGAAAAUAUGUGACUCAUUGGAAGAAAUAAAGGCAACUGAUAUUGAAUUGAGAGCUUCUGCAAGAGUUAGAAUCAUCAAUUUUUUAACCCCCACAGAGCCAAAAUUAGAAGUAGAUUUAUGCUUAAAUAAUGACCUAGCCGUAGAAAAUUCGAAAAUGCUCAAAGCAUACAGCCUAAUUGAUACAAGAGUGCCAUGUUUAGGAAUUGUCAUAAAAUGCUGAGCCAAGGCAAGAAAAAUAGCUGACCCUAAAAAUGGAACUCUGUCGUCAUAUGCAUAUAUCAUUUUGCUAAUUUUUUUCUUGCAAAGGGUUUCUCAUCCAAUUUUACCUUAUCUUCAGCUCUAUGUAACUGAAGAGAAGAAGAUUGGGGAAUAUGAUUGCUCUUUUGAUAACGAUAUUGCAAAAUAUCAAGCAUCUGCCCAAGCUAACCAAAUGAACGAAGGUGAGCUUUUAUUUGAAUUUUUCAAAUUUUUCUCGUUAUUUGAUUGGAGAAAUAAUGUGGUUGACAUCAGAAAAAGAGAAAAUGUAAGUAAAUCUGGAACUCAAAAUGAACCUUUUAUUUCUAUUCAGGAUCCAUUUGAAACUACUAGAAAUCUUGGAGAUGUUUGCAAGCCUUUAGGAGUGAAAAGAAUAAAAAAUGAAUUUAAAAGAGCUGCUGCUGAGAUAAUAAAAGGGAAAAGACUGCAGAAAUUAUUAGAAUACGAACAGAUACGUCAGAUAAAUAAUUAA